AAGACGACCGCCGCCUGCUGGCGCGGCGCCUAGAUGAGCGAGGCAAAAGAGAUCUCGCCCAUCGAACAGCCAGAGUCUGCCACCAUAGCAGCCAAAGACCGCGACGACUCGGUCGCCUCCGAGAUGGAUGGUCGUGACUCCCGGAUAGCAGAGCUGGAGAAGGCUCCUAUGCUGGACCCCGAGAAGGGCAGGGUGGAGAAGUCGGACACGUCGAGCCCAGAGACGCCAGCAGCUGCAAAGAAGGAGGAGAAGAACAAGGCGGCCGACGCGGCCGCGUUCGCCUUCUGCUUCGUCGGGCUGCAGGUCUCCUACCUCACCUGGGGCUUUGUGCAGGAGAAGGUCAUGACCAAGGAGUACACGACUGGCAAGUUUCCGUCAGCCACGUUCUGCGUCUUCUCGAACCGGGUGCUGGCCAUCGUGGUGGCGAUGGCGGCGAUGGGCAUCCAGCACCGCUCGCUCAAGAUCCCCGCUCCCUUCUACGCCUUUGCCCCCUGCUCCAUCUCAAACACCCUCUCCUCCUACGGGCAGUACGAGGCGCUGCACUACGUCUCGUUUGGGCUGCAGACCCUCUCCAAGUCGACAAAGGCGCCGCAGACCGCCGCCCCGCACCCGCCCCACACCCGCCCCACACCCGCCCCGUCACUUCCGCCGCCGCCGCCCCAACACUUCCGCCGCCGCCGCGCCCACACUUCCGCCGCCGCCGCGGCGCCGGGCGACGACAAGACGACCGAGCUGCUCGGGUACGCCAUGAUCGCCCUGUACAUCGGCGCCGACUCCUUCACGUCGCAGUGGCAGACAAAGGUGUACAAGGCGCACCCGGGCGUGGACCAGUUCCAGAUGAUGUUUGGAGUGAACACCUGGUCCAUCCUCUUCACGCUUGCAGCGCUGCUCGCCUCCGGCGAGCUGUGGACCACGAUCGCCUUUCUGAAGCUCAACCCUGCCGCCUUUAUGGACAACGUCACCAUCGCCAUCACCUCCGCCACCGGCCAGCUCUUCAUCUUUUACACAAUCAAGCGCUUCGGCCCCGUCGCCUUCACGAUCAUCAUGACCACGCGCCAGAUCUUCUCCAUGGUCAUCUCAAACUUCGCAUUUGGCCACUCGCUGGGCAUCAGCGGGUGGGCCGCCGCCAGCGUCGUCUUUGCGACGCUCUUCUACCGCGUCUACAGAAGCGCAAAGUCGCGGAAAGGCUGAGCCCGGCUCGGCCGAGUGGCGCGGCCCCCUUCUAUGCCGCGCCCGCUGCGCGAGGAGGAGCGAAGGGGGGGGAGGGCUCUGUGUGUGCUGUCGGAGUGGAGUGUCGGUCAGGGACGCUCUCUCAUGCCGUGUCUCGAUGCCGUGUCCGAAGCACACCUGAGGAUCGGUCGCGUCGAGCCGGCCGUGACUGCUCCUCACGCUCGUGGGGAGUGGGUCGCUGGAGUCGCCGGUCUCGCUCGCAAACUGCGGGCUCCGAGUGGCACUGUCAGUGGGCAGUAUCUCUCCAGAAGCCCCGCGCUCGCGCUUCCCGCCGGGGUCUCGUUGUGGCUUGUGCGUCGCGCGGGUCUUGCACCACUCACGCGUCUCUUACCGUUUUUUGAUCUGCGCACCGCCGGU